ACCUACGGUGUCAUGUAUGUCAUCACGAUGGUAAUCGCUUCUUUUACUUAGCAACAAAAAAUUGACACUCAUUAUGUAUAGAUUUUUCCGGCGGCUGUGUCAAGCGUUCGUAUCGUCGAGUUGUUCUCGCGGAAAUCGACAAGUAUCGACGAGUUAUCGACAAUUUUUGGAAAUUACGUUUAAUCGUCCGAAUACAGGCAAUCUGACACGGACCUUAUAUUCUUCGAGUAUACCUUAUCGGGAAAAGAAUAUUGAAGCUCUGUGCGAAAACGAAAUGGCAAUAAAAGAAGAAUUUGUAAUUACAUAUUUAGACUUACUGCAAGAAUUAGAGAAGGAGAAGCCAGAUAUUCUGCUCAUUGAUGUUAGAGAACCUACAGAAAUAGCCAAGGAUGGCCAAAUACCAAAAGCCAUUAAUAUAAAAGUGACUGAUGUUAAAGAAUUCGAGAAACUUUCGGAGGAGAGUUUUAAGGAUAAAUACGGGAUACCUAAACCAGCUAAAGACACAAAAAUGAUAUUUAGUUGCUUCUCUGGCAAAAGAGCUGAGAAUGCGGCAAAACAAAUGCAGCAACAAGGAUACACACAGGUAUAUUUAUACAGGGGAAGUUUCAAGGAGUGGAAUGAGAAACAAAAGCCGGAAAGACAAGCUUUUAUAAUCAAAUAUGAACAGCUAUUGGAAGACCAAAAGAAGUCUGAUGUUCUGAUCGUCGAUGUUAGAGAGCCUGAAGAGUUAGCUGAAACUGGCGAAAUAUCAGAAAGCAUUAAUAUAAGAUCAACUGAUGUUGUUAAAGAAUUCAAAGAACUUUCGGAGGAGAGUUUUAAGGAUAAAUAUGGCAAACCCAAACCGACUAAAGACACAAAGAUCAUAUUUAGCUGUCACACUGGCAACAGAUCUGAACGUGUUCAAAAUCAGAUGCAGGACUUGGGAUACAAACAGGUAUAUAAUUUUGAAGGAGGUUGGAAGGAGUGGAAUCGAGAAGAAAAAAAGAAAAAAGAAAACGAUAGUGGAACACAAAAGGGGAAUUAGAAUAUUUUCAUUAUUGCACUAAUUUUCAACACACACACACACACACACACA